CUCUGGGUACAUGGGAUGGCGUACUUCCCAACCGGACAGGAACAGGAACCACAACAGUAGCUAGCUGGUGGCCCAAAACAUUGAGAAAAAUCUAUCUAACUUUCAAGGGCUUGUGCCUGAGUCCGGCGUCCGUGGAUGGAAGUGGAGAUAGCGUUCGAGAUGGGUCCUGAGAGAAUCUUACCAAACUCUGAGGAGGAGCUGGUUCAGGAGCGGCCGUCGGACGGCGGGGUGCCCGAGGUGGGCGGGGAGUGGAGUGGAGAGGAAGAGGGCGGUGUGGGAGACGAGGAGGAUAAUGGAGGUUACUAUUACCAGCCACUAAACCAGGACCCUGAUGGACUAAAUGCUGGACCCGGGGACCAUCCUGAGGAUAUGCCCCCAGUAGCAGAGCAACUGCAAGAAGUCCAGGAGAGAAUAGAGUCGAUGGGCUUGCAUCUUCCCCAGCCCCCUCCCCCAGACAGUGAUGAGGAGGAGGACCCAGAAGGAGCCCAGCGCAGCGCAGCCUCCAUCCCAAUGGAUGAAGACCACGUGGAGCUGGUGAAGAGGACCAUGGCAGCAGUGGCCCUGCCCUCUCUGGCCAUCCCAGCCUGGGCUCAGGAGAUCUCAGACGACCAGUGGAAGGACAUGGUCCAGCAGACGCUUCAGACUCGCCAAAGCUCAGAAGGCCUGAUGCUAGAGCGCAAAUAAGACUGAAUUGCCUCCUUCCCUCAGUCUGUCUUUAACUCUGCCCUGCAUUUCACCAACACACUUACCCAAGGGGAGUCUGGGCUGAGGUCCUCUGAGCAGGUCAUAGGUGUCUCAAUUCUCAAGAGGAGAGAUUGUGAAAACCCCUCUACGUCCAAUUCCUAUUAGAUUAAGAUACCUCUGCUGAAUAUUUGUUUUUGAUAGGAGGCUCUGGGUACCUACUACGCCUAACCUGGUGCUUAAGGUCAUUUGUAGAGUUUAAUGUGGAGGUCAAAUGAAUGAGGAGUAUAGUAUAUUUUGUCUCUCAGAUCAGGCAAAUUCUUACUGUUUCUGCUCUGGAAGAACUUGAAUCAGUGUACUGGAGUACGUAUUAUGAAGCUCAAUGCCAAUGACAGAUAAAGCCAGUUGGCCUUGAGUACAGAAACACUACUCUAUAUUAACCAGGAGUCUCCACCCACCACCCACCACCAUGCUUUCUGAGACAUUCCAGUGUACAGUUAUACCACCCGUUCCAACACCAGAUGGCCUUUGUUUUAUCAUGUUUUUAAUGUGAUUCUUUCUAUUGGUUGUGAUUACCAUAUUUCAAUACUAUUUAAUCAUAGUCUUUGUUGAAUGUAAUAUAUAUAUACACACAUA